CUAAUAUCGUUUAGCCUUGGAUAGAUAACGCACGGACACAUCAACAACUUCCCUCCAACUUACUACUGUCGGUGCGUCGCAGUGCAACAAAUAAGUGACGGCAUGGCUCAGUUCCCUCCACCUAUUCGGAAUCCCGAAGUCAAAUUCACAAAGCUCUUCAUCAACAAUGAGUUUGUGGAUUCCGUCAGCGGAAAAACUUUCCCUACCAUCAACCCGACCAAUGGCCAGAAAAUCUGUGACGUUUCAGAGGGUGACAAGGCCGACAUAGACAAAGCAGUUGAAUCUGCUAAAGCAGCAUUUAAACUUGGAUCUCCAUGGCGACGCAUGGACGCCAGCAAACGAGGUGCGUUGCUCUACAAAGUUGCACAAUUGAUGGAAAGGGACGCUCAAUACCUGGGUAGUCUUGAAACGCUUGACAAUGGAAAGCCGUACAUGAAUGCCUUUGGAGAGAUGAUGUUCUCAGCCAACAUGUUAAAAUACUAUGCCGGAUCCGCUGAUAAGGUUGGCGGGAAAACUAUCCCCGUUGAUGGGGAUUACAUGUGUUACACACGGCAUGAACCCGUCGGUAUUUGUGGAGCGGUCAUUCCGUGGAACUACCCCGUGUGUAUGUUUGCCCUGAAGCUGGCCCCCGCUCUGGCCUGUGGAAACGUAAUCAUCUUCAAACCCGCUGAACAGACCCCCCUCACGGCCCUGUACAUGGCCGCUCUCUGCAAAGAGGCUGGAAUUCCCGCUGGAGUUGUGAACGUUGUCAAUGGUUACGGGCCAACUGCUGGUGCCGCCAUUACAGCACACCCAGAGGUGGACAAAAUCGCAUUCACAGGAUCCACAGAGGUGGGACAGAUCAUUCUACAGGCUUCUGGGGCCACCAACAUCAAACGUACAACUCUGGAACUUGGUGGAAAAAGUCCAAAUGUCGUCAUGGACGAUGCUGACAUUGACUCAGCAGCCGCCUGGUCCCACGAGGCGGUGAUGACCAACAUGGGCCAGUGCUGUGUGGCAGGAAGCAGGACGUUCGUGCACGAGAAAAUCUACGACAAGUUCGUGGCCAAGUCCCGGGAACUAGCGCAGCAAAGAACCUGCGGAGAUCCGUAUGAAAUGACCACAAAGAACGGCCCACAGGUGGACAAGGAGCAGUAUAGCAAGAUUCUGGAGCUGAUUGACGCGGGCAAGAAAGAGGGCGCCAGGGUGGAGUGUGGAGGGGAGGCCGCGGGGGGUGACGGAUUCUUCAUCAAGCCCACGGUGUUCUCUGGGGUCCAAGACAACAUGAGGAUUGCUAAAGAAGAGAUUUUUGGACCAGUCCAGCAGAUUUUCAAAUUCAGUUCGCUGGAUGAAGUCAUUGAGCGAGCCAAUGCAACACACUACGGUUUAGGCGCCGCCAUUUUUACCAGUAAUAUUGACACAGCCAUGAUGUUUGUCCAAGGAGUCAGAGCUGGCACUGUUUGGGUAAACUGUUACAAUCCGCCAUGCUAUCAGGCCCCGUUUGGAGGAUUCAAGAUGUCAGGACUAGGAAGAGAAAUGGGAGAAUACAACUUGUCACAGUAUCAAGAGAUUAAAACGGUCAUGAUAAAGAUUCCCCAGAAGAAUUCGUAGACGUGACUGAGUUCUGUGACAUUUUAUACAAUAUACAGUCAUCGCAUAAAGUAUUAAAUGCUUCGGGUUUAUUUAGUUUGGUAAGAAAAUGUAACUGUAAAUAAUUUGUUCUUGUGUACUCAUGUAUUUCUGUGUAUAUGUUGAUUUGAAUGAACGAAGGAAUAUUUUAACAUACAAUGUAUUUAUUCAGAACUACUACAUCAGCCUAGACUAGUACAAUAUAUGUGUAUCCCGUCAUGCAUUGCUGUGAAUGUAUAUUAGACGGGUAUCCUGUCACUUAACUUAUAUGCCGGUACUUUUUUGAGUCUUUUACAUUUUCUGAGACAUAUCCUGUAAGUAAGGAAAAAACAUGUUGGCUAAAAAACCUCACGCACGCACGCACGCACACAUCAACACCGAAUAUGAUUUCUUAGAUUUCUUACAGAAACUUACAGUUAAUGUAUUGCUCUAUGGAAACAGCCAGACUUAAAAUCUACACGCCUCAUUUAUUGAUUGGUCGAAACUGUCAGCUACCUAAGAAAAAUCACAGACUGCACGAUAUAAUCAUGAAAAUGUUAUAGACUCAAAUUCCCAUUGGAGACGAUUUGGCUGGGGUUUUUUUAAGCUAAGGUAAUGAUGUAUAUUAACAGCAGUUUAGUGGAUUUUUCUUGCGUUUUAAUAUCAAUUUACAUGUAUAUCAAUUUAUGAAUUUAUUAAAAGAAAGAUGUAAAUAUAAACAAUUAAACAGUUCCAGGGACUACGAAGUAUUGUAUAAAACUGUCUUGCAUGCUGUAGCCUUCAUGUUAUAAUUUUCUUUUGUCUGUCAUUUGAUUUCAUUUUGACUGUAUUGCCAACAUGGUGAUGUCAAUAAACCAUUGAAAUUGAAAA